GAAGAAGUGUGAGCCAGCCUGUCAGCCAGCCUGUCAGCCAGUCAGUCAGCCUGUCAGCCAGCCUGUCAGCCAGUCAGUCAGCCUGUCAGCCAGCUAGUCAGUCAGGCAGCCAGCCAGCCAGCCUGCCAGCCUGUCAGCCAGUCAGGCAGCCUGUCAGCCAGCCAGCACAGCCAGCUAACAGCCGGCACAGCCAGCCUGUCAGCCAGCACAGCCAGCCAGCACAACCAGCCAACACAGCCAGCCAGCACAGCCAGCACAGCCAGCCAGCACAGCCAGCCAGCACAGCCAGCACAGCCAGGCAGCACAGCCAGCACAGCCAGCCUGUCAGCCAGCACAGCCAGCCUGUCAGCCAGCCUGUCAGCCAGCACAGCCAGGGAGUGGUGAUAAUGUUAUCAGAGUGACUGACACAGUGAACCAUGAAGAGAGUAAUUAUCUUCAGAAAUGGUUCUGGUGUGGAUGGUAAGGUGGUGCUGGUGACACACUCCUUAGAUGACUUGCUUGCAGCAGCCUCACAGAAGUUGGCCAUCAGAGCUGCACAUCUCUACACCCCUCAGGGAGGUCUUAUUGAUGAUAUCAGACUCAUUAGAGAUGAUGAUAUCUUGUAUGUGUCAGAGGGUGAAGACUUCCAGCUGCCGGUUCAGCCGAGUCCAGGUGUUAGGCCACCUGGUCACGUUGGUGCCAGGAUGACCCCACUCUGUAUAGGCACCCCACCUUCUGCCUGCAAGCGUUGCAUUUCUCAAGGUGGAGCUUCACCCACAAAUGACUGGGUCACACUUAAUGUAGGCGGCCAGAUCUUCACCACCACACGUGCCACACUAGUCACCAAAGAACCAAACUCCAUGCUGGCAAAAAUGUUUAGUUGUGAGGACAGUAGUCUGCUGCCUAGCAAUCGAGAUGCCCAUGGUGCGUACCUCAUAGAUCGUUCUUAUACGUACUUUGAGCCUCUUCUGAACUUCCUGAGAAAUGGUACCUUAAUUCUUGAUCCCUGUAUUAAUCCUGAAGGAGUGCUAGAGGAAGCCCGUUUCUUUGGCAUAGAGUCUGCUGUGCCUGUGCUGGAAGCUCUCAUUACUUCUCGGGAAGAGACACAAGAACUGGAGCCUCUCACUAGACAGCAAGUUGUAGAUGCACUCAUUACAACACACCACAAAGACGAGCUUAGAUUUCAAGGAAUCAAUCUACGUGGAGCUGACCUUUCCAAGCUAGACCUUCGAAACAUUAACUUUAAGUUCGCAGAUCUGUCACGGUGCAACUUGGCGGGCGCCAACAUGAAUGGGUGCUGUCUGGAGCGUGCCAACCUCUGUGGAGCCAACUUGGAAGGAGCACAGCUACUUAAUGUGAAGCUUCUCUGUGCAAACCUUGAGUCUGCAAAUUUGCGUGCAUGUAACUUUGAAGACCCAGCAGGAACACGUUCCAAUUGUGAAGGUGUCAACUUGCGUGGUGCUGUGCUGGAGGGCAGCAUGCUAGCAGGUGUUAAUUUGCGAGUUGCCACACUCAAGAAUGCAAACCUCAAGAACUGUGACCUGCGUGCAGCUGUACUUGCUGGUGCAGACCUUGAGAACUGUGACUUAUCUGGGAGUGAUCUGCAAGAGGCAAACUUAAGAGGAGCAAAUUUAAAGGAUGCUGCUUUUGAGCUCAUGCUGACACCUCUGCACAUGUCACAGACCAUGACCUGUGAUCUGUGACAACAUCCACACAUUCCAGCUACCAACAACUGCCAGUGUCUUUGAGACCAAUGUCAAGCACUGUGUGGGAUGACCUAAACAGUGCAAGUGUAACGGGUCGAAGCCUCGCAGGUUUGACGAACCCAACUAGGCUGUGACAUAGGUGCGAGCAAGGCUGCUUCUGAAGAUUUGCCUUGGAUUUAUUGAAUGCUUUUUGUUAUUUUUUUUGCAUAAUAUUGUGUGGAAGAAUGCCCAAAAGUGAAUAUACUAAUUGUAGUAUUUGUGAAUAAAUGUAUUUGUCAUGAU